AUGUCAUUCAUUUCCUGGAAUUCUUGGAAUGAAAGUAACCUAGACCGCGUUAUUGAACAAUUUGAUCCACUGAGUUUUUUUGAAAUUCCAUCAACUUUGUUAAACAGUAAAGGUAUUAUUCGGUAUUCUAACGUGAAACCAGUAAAGUUAACUUGCAGUAAUUGGGAUUAUUAUACACCAUUCAAAGGUUGGAUAUGUUAUAGUUUGAGUGAUUCUACACAGAUAAACUCUGAAGAUUCUUCAGAUGAAUGGAUUGUUGGGUUUCAUGGAUUUACACGCGAUACACUACAAUCCUUACGAGCCACAGCUCAAAAGCGCUUAAAAAUCGGUUGUAACGUUGAUAAUGAGCGCUUCGCAAACUUCAAAGAUGUCGGACCUAAUGCACCAUUCUUUAAUCAAAGCACAUGUAGAAAGGGUAUACUUUUAACAUCAAAUCUUGAAUAUAUGGCAGACUGUAGACUAAUUGAACCAAUAAAAUAUAAUAAACAUUGCUUUAUACAAGUGGCAUUACAGUGUCAAGUUCAUUCCUUGAAGAUUCGAAUACCAGAAUGUUCAAGAUAUCGUUAUUAUAUUAUCAAUGAUCCAGCGUACGAUCAUCUAUUGGAACGAUUCAAACAAGUUCAACAUCUCAGGUUGACAUUCACGUUUUUGGAUACAAAUGAAUGUAAUAUUGUUAAGCAUUUCUCCUCAUUCUCGGCUCUUAAUUCACUCAUUAUUAAUCUUGAUACUGAUAGUGCAGAAUUAAAACUAAAAGAAAGGCUUGUACACAGUGUUUUUUGUCAACCCUUUCCUUUGCUUCAACGAUUAUAUAUAAAUGGAUAUCAUAUGGAAGCAGAAAUCAUGGAUAACGAGUUUACGUUUCGUUUUCCAUCUCUUCUCUAUGUGCAGGUAGACAAACUUGAUCAUUACUUGACUGUUCAGCUCUUGAAUCAAUGUCGUCAACUUUGUUCUUUCUCAGCUGAAAUUUAUCAUAGUGAAAUUUUUUCGCAUUCAACGUCUCAAUCAUCAAUGAAUUCUUCAGACAUGACUCAAUUUAGGAAAGCUGAUGUCACGGAGAAUUCGAAUAUUGAACUCGUUCCAAUCAGUACAACUCUCAUAGCUAUGACUGCGUUGAAUUUAAAAUGGUCUUCUUAUGAUGAUUUUAAUUGGUGGGAAAAUUUUCUUAAACAUUUAUUGUCAUGUUGUCUUAAUCUAUUCAGACUUUUUCUUGAUACUGUCUGUGUAGAAGGGAGAAAUUUACUUGAUGUAGAUUGGUGGACAGAUAUACUUCUUUCCAACAAGAAAUUGCAACAUAUUUCUCUUACUUUACAUUGGUCGACACGAAACUAUGAAUCAGAUUAUGAUAAACAAGUAGCUCGAAAAUUUCAAUCAUCAAUUUAUUUUAAUCAACUCAAAGCCAAUGUUACGCACAAUUUCUAUACUGAUUUUCCUUGGUUUCUAUAUGAUCUUUCUAUUAAAAACUAA